UAUUUACAGUUUUAAUCCUUCCUGUUUCUGAAAUGAACGAUUGACUUCAUGGACAGCAGUGAACAACAGGGUUUCAGAGGGGGGCUGGUGAAAGCAAGAGAGAAGCUACUGAACAGAAGUUCUCCUUGGAACUGUUCCAUUGUCUAGUGAAUCAGCUGUUAAUGCAUUUGUGUGUUUUAAGUGAGAGGGGUGUAAGAGGACCUUGCUACAGUAUCAGGGCCUUAAUGUGCAAUUUACCGUUCAACUACACUUUUUUUUUUCUUUAAUGUCUUUUUAACAGGUUAUACCUAGAAGAAAGUUUCUGCUAUUUGCUUCUAUGGAAUCCAAGCUCAUGUACUGAUGCUUCCUUUGUAACCUUAUGGUAGAACAGACUAUCAGUUUGGUUACCACAUCAUCUGGAUCCAGACGUCACUUUUAAGAAAAUGUGGACUGCUAAAAUUCUUUAUAGUGCUCAAAUACUGUUGCCACGGUUGAAAGAAGGCCGACUGUAUAGUUACACCUUUCCCAAAACUUAUCACUUCUGGAUUGGAAUUCCAAACUCUUGCACUGUAAGACCACCACGUACCAGAGUUAAAUUCCAGGUUUCCAAGGUGAAUGAUAAACAAUCAGUAGUUGAUAGAAGAACGGCUGCUAGCGCAGAGGGAACUAAAAUACCUGUUGGAAAAAGUUCCGGUGGAGUACAUGAUGGAAGUCAUCAUUCAUUAGAAGCACAAAUGAAGCACAUCAACCUGUCCUUUGCAGCUUGUGGCUUUCUGGGAAUUUACCACUUGGGGGCAGCAGCUGCUUUUUACAGGCAUGGUAAGAAGUUACUGACAGAUGUGAAAGCUUUUGCGGGAGCUUCUGCGGGAUCUCUGACUGCCGCUGUCUUGUUAGCAGUGCCAGAAAAUAUAGAGCAAUGUAAACACUUUGCCUAUGGAUUUGCAGAGGAAGUCAGAAAACUGAACUUCGGUGCUGUAACACCUGGUUAUGAUUUUAUGAAAACACUUAGGGAGGGCAUAGAGUCUAUUCUUCCUGCUAAUGUUCAUGAGAUAGCUGAGAACCGGCUCUAUGUCUCAGUCACUAACUCAAAAAGUGGGGAAAAUCGCUUGGUUUCAAAUUUUUCCUCCAGGGAGGACCUCAUUAAGGUCCUGCUAGCAAGUAGCUUUAUACCACUAUAUGCAGGAAUUAAACCAGUGGAAUAUAAAGGAGAGAAGUGGGUUGAUGGUGGCCUUACCAAUGGCCUUCCUAUCUUGCCUUUUGGAAGAACUGUGACGAUUUCUCCUUUCAGCGGUCGAUUGGAUAUCUGUCCACAAGAUAAAGGACGUGUGGAUCUUUAUGUUAAAUUAGCAAAACAAGAUAUGAUGCUGUCACUGGCCAACCUGGUAAGACUUAAUCAAGCUUUGUUCCCACCAGACCAGGAGAAAAUGGAAUCAUUGUACCAAAAUGGCUUUGACGAUGCUGUACGCUUUUUAUUGAAAGAAAACUGGUUUGAAUAGAUGGCACAUAAAAAAGUAGCGAGACAUGAUGGCUGUCAAAACACAGCUACAGGCUUCAUGGAGAAUCUCAGGGAUUGCUGCCCCAGUUGCUGUUUGUGAAAAUAAAAAUCCUCAUGGACUUGAUUCUGCUUCUGCUGAGAAGGUAUCAGUUGCACUCCAAAGAACUGUAUAAACGUGUCAGAAUGGAAAUAGUGCUUGCCUGGUUGAUGUCUUGUUUUGAGGAGGUUCCACUUAGAUUCAUUUUGCUUCAGCUGAGGAUUUGUGUGGGGGAUUUGUAAAAUUAUCCUAAUAACAGAAAUUUGGAAAAGUCUUUUUCAAUGUUAUUUCAGAGACAAAUUGAUGUCAUAUCAUGAAAAUUACAGUCUGUAUUAUUUACUUAACAUACCUGUGAGUAGUAAUUGGAUGCUCUCAAUGUUACUGAUCUAAAGCAUUUCCUGCAGUGUUCUAAAGGACUUGAAGAUUAAGCACUAGCCACAAAAA